AUGAGUGAAACUUCUGAAUUAAAGUUUGCUCAACUUAAAACUUUAGAAUCAAUUCGCUAUGAAGCAGAAAAUAAUUUAGAAUUAAAAAGAGAGUUAAUUGCAUCAAUUGAAGAUGUUCAAAAAAUUUUAAAUGAAAGAACAAAAAGAUUAAAGCUUCAUGACAAUUAUUUUCUUAUUGGUCAAACUGCUACAGAUUUAGAAAUUGAGCAAUUUUUUGAGACAAUCUAUACGAUCGAUCCAUGUCUUGAAAGAACAAUGACAACUUCAAAUUUAUUAAAAAGACAACAACUAUAUAAUAAUUUUUUAAAAUCUCAUUGUCAAGUUCGAACUUAUACAUUUCAAAUUAAAAAAUGUACUAAUAUCAAAUGUGGAAUAUGCCAACCAAUUCGAAUGCCACUUGAUGAGUUUGAAAAUUUAUGUUUUUUACCUGAUCCUGAACUUUCUGCUGAUAAAGAACAUUAUAAAGACUUUAAUAGUGUAUAUGGGCAAUUAACAAAUGAAAGAUAUCGAUUAUCACAACAAGAAGUUACAAAUGAAGAGUCUCAAACUGGUAUAUUUGUAAAUAACAAAAUUCGACUUUUAGUUUGCUGUGAUUUUUGUGGAAAGUAUCGCUGCAUUUACUGUAAUACAUGUUUAAAUGAAGAUGAUUCCAAAAUGAUCAUACAAUACCUUGAAAAUAUCUCAUACAGUUGUGGGUCUCCAAUUCUUCCAGAUGAGCAUCCACUUUUUGACCAACUUUAUAUACGUCAAAAUCUUACAUGUGAUUCACCUAUUGAGCGAAAUUAUUAUUCAUGUCGUAUAAAGGAUGUUGAUUUAUGCUACUGGUGUGGAGCGGAAGAUGGUAUUAUUGAUCCUUCUGAGGAAUUAAAAUCUCAAUUUAAAACUAUUUACCCGCUUUGCAUUUCAUGUGAGGCUAAUGGCUGUGAAUGGUCUACUCGUGCUCCAAUUGUAUUUCAAAGUAAAACCAAAAAA